AUGUUUAUCGGCCCAAAGAGCCUCGCGCCAUAUGCAGGUGCUACUCUAGCGAUUCAUCUACUGUACGCGGUGUCCAGGAGGCAGUUGCCACACGUGCCUCUUCUCGUCCUCACGGCUCUAGCUAUGAUGCCUCCAGCCAUAUCUGGCAGUUUCACGAGGCUGUUCAGUUGCUGGCUUUGGGUACAGAGUUUAUAUAUCCCGUUUGUCGACCAUCUCCAGGACGACAUCUCGGACCGAGACCAAGUCAGGCUGCUUCUGGUAGGAGCUCUCCUCAGCGGCUUCUUCUCUAUCGUGGCCGAAGCCAUGGCACACUACAAGACCUUUCGCGGAAUACUUGCCAUUAAUAUCGGGGCCGCCAUUGCCGUUCUGCUUAGGGCGCUUCCGGGAAAAGUCGUCAGACACCGCGUCGUCUGGGCCGCGGAGCAAAUCGUUCUCUACGCCACCCGGAUGCUCCUGAUUUUGGCAAAUCGUGCGGCCAAAUCCCUCAUGAGGGUUUUGGGACAGCCAUCAGGUGGAAUUCACGGCUCCUCGCGAAAUCAACCCGAAGAGAAGUACCAGUACCGUCAUCUCAUAGGAACGCAAAUCCGGCUUCUCAGAGUGUUCCCCGGACUUCCCUCGGAGCCCAUCCGAUGCCGGCUGGAGACCGUUGCUCUCGGAACCGCCCCUCCCUUCGAGGCCGUAUCGUACGUGUGGGGAAGUGCGGACCUAGUCCGGUUCGUUGUUAUCGAUAAUGAUGGCGAAGGUGACGACGAGUCGACGCGUCUGGACGUGACCGACAGUGCGUAUUCCAUUAUUGCAAGACGACGGUCGCGAUGGCACGAGCGGCUACUGUGGAUCGACGGGCUGUGCAUAGACCAGGAGAACCUCGACGAGAGAGCCUCGCAGGUCCAGAUGAUGGGUGCGCUGUAUGCGAAUGCGCGACGCGUGGUGGCGUGGCUUGGGCCCUGCAGCACGGCCCACGUUGUGCAGUCGUUCCUCGCACAACUCCGCUACAAGAAAGAGGGACUGGGGUAUUCGGUCGAGCAGCUGAAGGAUGCUACCGCCGACCCAAUGGGACCGCAGUGGCUCGCCCUGUCCGAUUUCUUUCUCAACCCUUGGUUCACGCGGAUGUGGAUAGUUCAGGAAGUGGCCCUGUCCAAAGAGUUGCAUUUACUUUACGGCGACGUAUGCAUGGAUUGGGACGUUGUUCGCCAAUCUCUCUCGAUCCUCAUGGGGAAACACAUGAUGGGUAACUUUCCCCAGAUGGACGGUUCGUUCUUCAGCAAGGAGAGGCAGCGGAUCUUCAGGGGCCUAUGCAACGUAGAUGUGAUGCUGGAGCUCCGCGGCGACGUUGACUGUUCGAGAGACCUGACCCUGGCGACCGCCUUGGAAUGCGCGCUCGAGUUUGAAUGCAAGGACGAGAGGGACAAGAUCUACGCUCUCCUGUCGCUCAUGGAAUCUUCGACUCUCACACCAGACUAUCGCAUAGACUUUCAGGCGCUCUACGUCGACGCCAUGUGGGAAAUCCUCCUGCAGGCAACAUCUCUCGAUGCCAUGGAAUUUGCAGGCACCGGCCGAGCGAGGCGCGCGGCCAACCUGCCGUCGUGGGUGCCUGACUGGGACGGCGGCUCCACGAACGGGCCUUAUCACGUGUCGUCCUACAGUGCAGGAACCGAUCACGCGGCGGCGGUGGUCUUAGACAGGGAAAACCCACUCGUGGUUUCCGUGCAGGGAUGGGAGCGCGACCGCGUCGAGCUACUCGGAGACGCACUGGAGAUGGGCGGCGAGACGACCGCGGGUGCGGUGGAGGACAACCGGACCCUUCGAGGGUGGUAUAAGGCGGCCGAGUGCAUGGCUAUGGAGUGUGCGGCUCACUACCCCGAGGAGGGCAGCACGCGGUUGGAGAUGUUCGUGCGCACCGUCCUGGGCGACCGAAUCUCCGAUCUU